GGUGAAAAGAAAAAGAUUAUGAUCGAUAUAUGUAAAGAGAAAUUGGAGAAGGAAAAUGAAAAGUUACGAAAGAGAAUCGAAAUUCUUGAAAAUAAUAUUGAGAAAAAGGAAAAGAUUAUGAUCGAUACACGUGAAGAGAAAUUGGAGAAGGAAAAUGAAAAGUUACGAAAGAGAAUCGAAAUUCUUGAAAAUGAUAUUGAGAAAAAGGACAAAAAUAAUGAUAAACAGGCCAAUUACAUUGUUACUCUUCGGAAUAAAUUAAAAAACUAUAAAAAUAAAAUUGAUAAAUUGAGAAUGACCUUGGAUAACGAACAAAGAAAUUUCAGGUUUUUACAAAGAGAAUGUGAUCGUAAAGAACGAAUUAUUAAAAGAUUUUAA